AUGACGUGUCAGGAAGGGAUAUGCAAUACGACAUUGGGACAUCGUGACACGCGGUUUAUGACAUUGGACACGACUUUGGUGUAUGGUAGUACCAUUGGGUCAAAUGCUUUAGACGCCAACCUAACAGGGUAUUCCAUUCCAGGGUUUAUUCCACCCCGGAUAUUUAUUAGUAGCGGUAAUUAA